AUGAAUAAAAAUAAAUGUUUGCAAUGUUCAGAGGCGAAAGGUCAGGGGAAGGCUGUUAAAUGUUCUCAGUGUGAGUACUUUGCGCAUGCGAACUGUGUUUCAAUCCGUGAAGAGGUUUGCAACCUCUUGGAUUCCAGUACCAACCUCAGAUGGUUCUGUGAUAGAUGCUCAAGUCUGGGACCUAACAUUAAAAAGUUGACCAGCUCUGUCGAUUCUCCCAGAAAAGAUGUUUUCAACAAACUCAACACAUUGAACGAUUUGAAUGCAAAUAUAAAGUCAGACCUCGAGAAUAUCAACGCAGCAAUAGAAAAUAUCGUCAGUCGCAGGAUUAAAGGACACACUGAUGAUAUCAAGGCUGAAGUAAAAUCAGUCCAGACGACAAUAAAUGAUGCUAAACAAAUCAAAGAAAGAGAAAAUAAUCUAAUUAUGUUUCAUUUCUUGAGAGUGGCAGUGAUCGGCCUGGGUCGCAUCGGACUCAGUCACGAUCUCUCCCCAGAGCAGAGAAAGGAACUGAGGUCAAAGAUAGAGGAGGCAAGGGCAUUGGAAGCUUUUGACAAGGGUUUUUUAUACCGUGUAAGAGAAUUUGGUGUUCGCAGUCUGACGCUUGGGGUUAUUGGUAACGAUUAUUUGGAUUCAUCUCUCGACGGUAAUAAAUGUUUAAUGAUGAAAGGCACUGGCAAUGACUUAAAUGGUAAUGUUAAUUUUGGUUGUUGUAAUGAUGGUCAUGGUCUUGAUGGUGGUGGUUAUUCGAUGGUGGUGCUGUUGGUAGAAAUAUUGGUGGAAUUAAAAAUGAUCGGACUAAUAAUAACUUUUGUGUGGUUAAAAUAA